AUGGCUGGAGGACGGUAUCACGUUUGCAAGAAGUGUGGCCCGGCCAGCUGGAUCUUCGCGGCAAAGGUAUGGGAUACUCUUCCUGAAGAGGCCUGUGUGCAGCUGAAAGAAGCAGGGUUUGAAGCCAAGCCGGCUCGCACAGAGGAUGUGGAUCUUGUUGCUCUCCUGCAGCAGCAUGUCGGAGACCUUCCCCAGGUCAUCGUGGACGCCCUGCCGGCUACCCCAACCCCGGACCCUCGCCAGGAGGGAAAAGAGGCUGGGGAUGUUCUUCGCAGUUCGGUUGGCAAGCUCCGUGAUCUGGGCCAGAGGAAACUGAGACUGCAGGAGGAGAUCGACACAGCCAAGGACAACUUGCGAGCAAUGCUUCACAAGAUGCAAGACAUCCAGAAUGCCAUCGAGGAGGCAAAGGUGGAAGUCGCGAAGACCACCAAGGAAUAUGAAGACAAGGUGGUCAAGCAUUGCGCGGAGGAGGUGAACAAUGGAGAAUCUGUCCUGCAGGCUUUGGGCAUGCAAGAGGCCAGCCUUACCGAAGAGCAAAAGCGGAAGCUGGAAGCUCUGAAGUCCGAUGAAGCCAAGCGUAGACGCAUGCAGGCAGAUGUCUUCAGCCUUAGCUGUUGUGAGGUCUGCAGGUGUCAGGCCGGGGAGGACCCGUGCCACACCCUUUUCCAGGUGGUCCACCAUCCCUUGGUGACGGGGCCGAGGAGGUGGAUCUCGACCCACAGGUACCCAGUCGUCUUGUCGCAGCAGAAGAACCCGACGACGUCACAACAGUUAGCGGGUUUGGUGUCCCGGGGCUUUCAGCAGGGCUUUCUGUCGGUGGAGUCUAGCGUGGUAGGCCUUUUCGAAGAUGACGAACCCACCGACUUGACUCUGGAGUAUUUGGUGGUCCACAAAAUGAUUCUAGUGACCUUCCACGCCUCGCAAGGCUGUGGUUAUGUCAUUGUGGCGUUGCGCUCCAAAGGGGUAGAUUUCAAUUGGAUCUCCUUGUACCUGGAGAGUGGGACUGGCUUGGAUAGCCCAGUAAAUGAUCUUAUCCUGACCAGCCUUACCCAACAUUUGUCCCUCCUUCAAGGCAUGUGGGUGGUUGGUGGGGAUUUUAACGUUCCGAUUCAGGACUUCCUUAACUCCAGGUAUGAAGAAAGGUGGCAGGGCCGGGUGGUUGGCAGUGGGUCUCCUACGGCGGGAGGGGACUCCGAGAUUGACUUCUUCGUCGUCCACCCCAGUCUCCAGUCCCUGUCGACGGUCCGUGACACUCCUUUCAAGCCUCACGGACUUCUAACCUUGGACGUGCCAGUGCACUCCCUCCAGUUGAGAGUCCCCACCAUCAGGUCGGUGGUGUCCCCGGCCCCCUCCUCCUUCCGCGCAAGCUCCCCAGUCCAGCUGGUCCAGAUCUUGGAUGUGGCGUCCCAGGAGGAGUCCUCUCUCGCCUUGGGCCAAUGGUCCCGCGACCUUCAGUCGGAGGCCCAGGCCACCACAGGAAAGGGCUGGUGGGUCGACCUUCCCCGCAGGCCGUUGGCCUCGCCCCCAGUUGGCGGAGGUGCCUGGACAGGAGGGCCUAUGGCUAUCUGGGAUAGAUGGCGCACCUGGCUUCAGACAGGGAUGGUCCCCAAGUCCUCAGAGGCCUUCGCCUCCAUUCCUCCGGACGACCCCCUUCUUCCCGUCCUAAAGGACUGGGUUCAUGCUGAUGACCGCAGCAGCCUCACUCGGGAGUUGGUGCCCCAGGUUGAGACAAAAUAUAAGGAAGCUUUAGCCUCCCAGACCUCCCAGAACUCCGAGUCUUACUCCAAGUGGCUAGAAGAGGCGCAAAAUGAUCACCUCCGCCCCCUUUACCGCUCCCUUCGAGCUGAUGAGCAAACCUUGGAACGGCCGUAUCGUGAGUUCACUCCCCUGGCGCGGCCCUAUAAACGGCUCGAAUUUUGGUGCGAGGUCUGGCAGGGUAACCUGGUGUCGCCAGCUCCGCUCCAAGGGGAAGUAUGGGAUGCCUUGUUUGACUUAGCCCGGGAGCAGGUCCGUUCCCUGCCCAAGCAUUCUGCUAGCUCUGUCGCUAAGAUAUGCGCCGCCAGGAAUCCCAAAAAAGGAGGCCCGGACGGCUGGGAUUUCAAUGAUCUUCGAGACCUGCCUCGGGACGCGUAUGCAGUCCUAGCCAACGUCUUCAACAAAAUGGAGGAGGACCUUGCCAUUCCCCUCCAAGUUUCCCAGGUCCAGAUUGUUCUUCUGGCCAAGAGUGCCUUGAAGGAAAGACCUAUGGGUCUUACAUCGGUCCUGUGGCGGCUUUGGUGUAAGACUCGGCGGUUCUUGGUCAGCCAGUGGCUGGACUCUUACAUCCCGGAUCAUCCUUUUGACUCGGCGAUUCCAGGCCGAACCUCGUUGGACGUUGCCCUGGCCAGGAAAUGCUCCAAAGAGUCUGCCAGAGUCAAGGGUUUGCACACUGUCUCGUUGUUUGUUGACAUUAAUGGGUUUUACGAUAGCGUCUCUUGGCAGAGGCUUUGCGAACAAGGCUUGCGGUUGUCUUUCCCAGCCUUGGCCCUGUGCCUCUCCCUUCGCCUCUACCAAGGAGGUCGCACGGUGGUGGGGGAAUCCCAGCCCAGUCCCACCAUCUUCCCAGGCCGGGGCAUGAUCCAGGGAUGCCCGUACGCUCCCACCUUGGCCAAGCUCACCAUGUCCGAACCCUUACAUAGACUGAAACGAGUCACAGGCUUGCACCAUUGCGACGUAUGGUUGGACGAUGUCUCCGCAGACUCCCUCCAUGCCUCGCCGGAUAUAGCCGCGGGAGCGGCUUAUGAAGCCUUUCGAGUGCUCAAGGCCAGUCUUCAGGCGGAAGGUCUCGUCCUCAGCCAAGAGAAAACAAAAUUUGUGGCCGGAACACCCCGCUCGGCCGCGGCGCUGCGACAGCUGCUGCGGCCAGGGGACCCUGACAUAGUCGACGUGGUCAAGGAUUUAGGCCUUGACAGUGGCAGUGGCCGCCGGCGCAGGACUACUACUGCCCAGAAACGCUUCCGGGUAGGUAGCCUUCGUAACCUGAAGUUGGGUAAGCUUCGUAUCCCGUCACGCCGCGUCCGGCUACGGAGCCGAUACGGUUCAACGGAUACCAUCCUAGAUAUGACGGCCCACGAGGUUCAGGAUCCCUACCUUAUUGUGGUAACCCAGCACGUGGAAAGUCUUUUCAGGAUGAUGGCCAGAUGUAACCGCAUGGGAUGGGAGGCAGUAAAGGACACUUGGCGAGUGGUCUGGAAGCGGCUGGAGGCUGCGAAACACGGUUGGUCCGUGGUCACUGGACCCAUCUCAGCCAUGUGUCAAUACCUCCGCGACCUCCAGGUCGACGGCCACGAUCCUUCCCGCUGGGUUUUUGAGGAGCGUGUUCUGGAAAUCAAGCCUUCUGAGGUUUCGGUUGCCUGCCAAACCUCGUCUUUCCUCACGGACAUCAUCAAGACCCAGAGGUCUCGUCGCAUGGGAUCGGCCUCGUCGGCAGCGGGUGCUGGUGGCGGGGUCGACUGGACGGUCCCGCGUCGCCUGCUCAAGUCAGUGCGCACCAAAACAACCCGGUACGCCUAUCGGGCUGUUUUCCAAGGGUCCAUUCUCCAUAACGGCAAUGGUGGCAAGGAUGUCUGUAAGUUUUGUGGCGAUUCCGGAGCCACCUUGCGCCACCUCAUGUAUGAGUGCCCUUCCUUCCCUGGUGGCAUGCGGUUACCGGGGUACGUUCUGGCGGAGAAGCGCCGUUUCCCUGAUGACUGCCUGUGGCUUCGGGGUAUGCUUCCCCUUAAAUACCUCCCAGUCGCUCCCUCGGGGGACCUAGAGGUGGUCAAGACAGGCGUGUUUCUCACGUCCUCCCAGGUAGUAGCAGACGGGUUGGUGGUUGCUACGGACGCGUCAGGGGGCAUGUUCACCAAGGCCAACCAGUGCGCUGACGAGUUGGCAGGCAAACGAGCUGCCACCAUAUCGCCUGUAGCAGGGCGGAAAGUCCAGGACCUGGAUAGGCUCGUAACCAGGAUCUGCGAUUACCUGGACGUAGAUGGCUGUGCUCCGGGUGCCAUCUUACCCUCCUUCCAGGUGGGGCCUGGCAAAACAAAGGAAGCGGUUUCCCUUCCUGGGCAAGUGCACGCGAAGCCGGGCUUGCAAAGGCAACAGCGCAUAGACCAGGGCCUUCCUGUGGGUGAUGACCAGCAGGAAGGGGCACCCCUCCCUGAGGAGGCUGAGGAGUCCCCCUGGGGCCGGCGGCAACGCGUGCGUAGAGAAGCUCAGGACUUUACUCCGGGUGUGCACGCGGCUGGUGAAGCAGCUAGCUACAUCAAGCGGCCCACCUCGCCUCGGCACUUCCUCCCUCCAGAGCUCACACUUACGUGGGACCCGAUUCGGCAGGUUGUGGUGGAAGCCCGAGUUCUCAUGCGCCUGGGCUGGGGACAAAGCCGUGUAGGCUACCAGCUGUCUCAGGCGUUGGUCUUGAAGCUCACGGAUGAUGCAUCCUUAAACGGUCCGGAGAUCGAUAUGGACCUGAAGGUGAGUGCGGGCCUGCAUCGUUUCCUGUACCACGUGCAAGAGCAUCGCUGCCAGGCCCGUGAGUGGCUCCAGGAAAAUGCUGCCAAUGGUCUCCGUGUUCACUCCUACCUUCUGGCCACGUUGGCCACCUUGUUGCACUUGUAUGCCUGUGGGGUUGAUGCCAAGGAUGUUGGCAUUUCAAACCUGAGCCACAGGCCGCUGGGCACGAGGAUGGUUCCCCUUCCGGCCUUCAUCGAUGCCAACAACUGGGGCCCCUCCCAAGGGAGGCCGGAAUGGACUGGCUUUUGGAGGGUAGUUGCCAAAUACUAA